AUGUCCAUUAAUAACAAUUCUUCCUGUCCCAACGUCGCUUUGAAGAUCAUCCGGGAAGGUGCCGCAACCCAGAGCGGUUUUCCCGGAAGUCAGCAAACCUCAUACUUGUCGGGUUCCCAACUCGUGGCAACCUCUGCAAUGUCGGUGGAAGAUCAUUGUGCAACUGCAGGAAAAGUCAUCGAGGAAACUGCAAAGCCUAUAGAGCCCUCUGAAUGGAUUUCCAAAUUGAUCGAUGGUGUGGAUACUGUGAAGAGUGUGAUUGAUGCUUUAAAAGAUCUACAUCCUGCUGCCUCGAUUGCAUGUGGCAUCGUUCUUUCUUGCAUUAAUGUCUUGAAACAACAGACAGAACGAGAUCAAACUGUACUUCAGCUGUAUGAUGCUAUGAUCACGACUUAUACGGAGGCAAGCGACGACCGCAUGCUGUGGCAGCAAAAGCAGUUGAAGCCGAUCUAUAUAUCGCUGUUCCAGAUCACGAACGAGUGCGGGAUGUUCAUCAAGAGAUAUAUGAACAAAAACCGUUUCAAAUGCCUCUUCUCCUUGAACGUGUCACAGACAGCAAAAGAAUUCAUUAAAGGGCUUGCGAAUUUGCGGGAACAGUUGAAUUUGGGUGUAGCAAAGGACGUGCUUGCCGUGACAUUGGGUGUCAGAGUUUGUGUUGGUAUAUAUGGUGUGCAAAUGUUGCUUCAAGCACUUAAGCCGAAGCAAGAGCUGGGUCCCAAAUCAACAUGUAUGCCUGGGACACAUGUGGAAACGGUCAAUGCCUUGAUUUCAUGGAUUGCGGAAGGUAACGACAGCAUCCUUUGGUGUAGUGGUCUGGCGGGGACGGGCAAAAGCUCACUUGUCAGCACCCUCUGUUAG